AUGGACUACACUACGGAGACUACAACUGCUGAGCCAACCACCACCGACGCCACCACCACCGUGGCUGAGACAACAUCAUCCGCAGCCAUCCCUACCUUCACAAUGUUUGCUUCCGGCUCAAACGCCGUGGCAGGUAACAGUCUCGAGACUUACGACCGCGACAGCACCGUGGCCGUAUUCGACCCCGCCACCGAGGACGACAAUCCCUCAGCCCGACAAUAUUCCAUCGACUCUCAAGGCAGGAUCGUAAAUGACCUCGGCUGGUAUCUCUGUGGCUAUUAUGGUGCGACGAACGAGGAACUGAACAAGCCUGCUACUGUUGUGACCUGCCAUACCCAGAUUGCAUUGCAGACAGCUUUCCUGACUUGCGAGUUGUCUGGUCCCUUUGGUAUCGAGUGCUCGGUCCCGGCGAUGUCUUGUACUUGGAGCCUGAAUUCUGUCGGUGUUCGAGCGCUUGGCCACACUUGGCAGAUUGGAGGUAGUGAUACGCCGGCUAAUUAUGAGCGUAUGACUAUGAGCAUCCGGGAAGUCGGAGCGUAG